AUUUCCUGCGGUCCCUGAAGGCAGCAGCAGUCCUGCUUUAUGAGCGGAGACAAACAGCAGCUGGGACAGAGUGAGUCCGCAGCCUGAUGGAGGUCAGAGAGAGCGACGGGACGGUGAUGACGGACAACUGAAGCCGAGACUUUUGUCCCGCAGAGACGCAAAGUGUCCCCCCCGGACCGACGGCCCGCGAACUCUUCGAGUGGCCUUAAACGUAACUUUGAGUUGAGUUUGAGAGAUGAACGACAACAAUCCCGCCGAGUGUGCAGGAACAGGAAAAGCAGAUCCUGACGGAGGGAGUCCUGCGAAGAGCCGAGAGGAUUUGGACCUGGCGUCCAUCUACGUGUCGGACGCUCAGUACAACAGGAACAUCUACUUUGACACGUCGCCUCAUGCCGUCAGACUGUAUCUGCGCUACAACCACUGGCUCCCUCAGGUCCUCCUCUACGUCUUCAUCCUGGUCGAUCUGUCUCUGGCCCUCUUCGAGGAGCCGGCAGUCGUCCCUCUGCCUACGUGGGCCACCAUGCUGGUGGAGCUGCUCUGUCUGCUCGUCUUCGCCGUUCGACUCGUUCACUACGCCAAAGUGAUCCCUCGAGACAAGUUCUGGAAGGAUCCCAAAAACAUCUGCAUCAUCGUCAUCCUCACGCUCACUCUGGUCGAUAUGAUCAUCUACGGAGCGCUGAAGGCUUCAAACUGUUACGCUGUCCGCUGGUCCAGAGUCCUGCGCCCGCUGCUGCUGGUCAACGUCACAGAGGGACGGCAGCUCCGCAGAGCGUUCAGAAGCAUCCGGAACGCUCUGCCUCAGAUCUUCUACGUCUUCCUGCUCUUCAUGUUCAGCCUCCUCAUCUUCUCCCUCAUGGCCCUCAAACUGCUGGGCAAACGAGGCCUGAAGACGAUCGAUGGAUCUCCGUACUUCACCGACUACCUGGAUAUCGUCUUCGACCUGUACGUCCUCGUCACCACGGCCAACAGCCCCGACGUCAUGAUGCCAGCGUACAACGCCAGCUUCGUCUUCGCCAUCUUCUUCAUCUUGUACAUCCUCAUCAACACGUACAUCUUCAUGUCCGUCUUCCUGGCCGUCGUCUACAACAACUACAAGAAGUACCUGAAGGAGGAGGUACGGCAGCUGGUGAGGGCCAAACGCCACAAGAUGGUGCGAGCGUUCGCCGUGCUGCAGGAGCGGAGGCAGGAGGGCGGGGACCCCGUGGUGAGCCAGGCUACCUGGAACCAACUGGUCCGACUGGUGCAGCCCGACAUCAGCAACGCCCACAGAGAGCUGCUGUGGAGCGUCUCCGAUGACACGAACCAGGGCUGCAUCGGUAAGAUGGCGUUCGUCCAGCUCGCCGACCUCCUGAACAUCGAAGUCAUCACACUCAAGUCGAGACCACACCCGCUCCACAGCGUCUGCCCCACCCUCUACCAGUCGGCCCCCAGCCGCCUGCUCUGCCGAAUGGUCCAACACAGGGCCUUCGUGAUCGCGUACGACCUGAUCAUCCUGGUGAACGCAGUGUUCAUCGGUCUGGACGAGGAGAAUCCCAUGAUCGCCAACUCCGAGUGGGUUUUUCUGGCUCUCUACCUGCUGGAGAUCCUGCUGAAGCUUUACGUGUUUGAGCCCAGAGCGUUUUUCUCCAAACACAGCUUCUGGAACUGCUUGUCCACGUCCCAGAUUCUGAGUACGAGGUUCGACACCAUCAUCGUCGUCUCCGCUCUCAUCGCCACCAUCAUCAACUCCGCCACGAAGUCGUCGGGUGGUUACACCAGCCGGCAGAUCCUGGACAUCGUCUUCAUCCUGCGAGUCCUCAGACUGAUCCGGGUGGUGGACAGCAUUAAAAGGUUUCGUACGAUCAUCAACACCCUGAUCAGGAUUGGACCAGCGAUCCUCACGUUUGGACAGCUCAUCGUUGUGGUUUACUACAUCUUUGCCAUGGUGGGGAUGGAGCUGUUCAAAGGGAAGGUGAAGUUCUACGAGGAGGACUCCACUGACCCGGAGAAGAAGUACUGUGGAAACCCUCUGCUGAAGGGAACGGACUUCGCGCAGCUCAACUACUGCAAGAACAACUUCAACAACGUGGUGUCGUCCUUCGUCCUGCUGGUGGAGCUCACCGUGGUCAACCAGUGGCACGUGCUGAGCAGCGGCUUCGCCACCGUCACCCACGUGUCAGCCAGGAUCUUCUUCGUGCUCUUCCACAUCAUGGUCGUCAUCGUCAUCAUCAAUAUCUUCGUGGCGUUCGUCCUCGAGGCGUUCUUCGUGGAGUACUCUGUGGAUAAGAGCGACCUGCAGACGUCUCUGGAGAGGAAGAUCGAGGAGCUGGAGCUGGCUGUGGCCCAGGAAAAGUUGGAGGACAACUUGGUGAACGCCAUGGAAACCAUGGACAGUGACCAGGGAACCAGCCAAUCAGCAAACAAUAAACCUGCCCUGAUGUUUAAAAUCGCUUCAAAAAGGUAUCGGACGGUGGACGCUCUGCUGCAGCGGAUGUUCGAGGCCGACCUCGACCCCGAAGACUUCGCCGAGAACGACGAUCCUGAAGCUCAGACCAACGGGAGCUUUGCCAACCCGACGUUCAGCUCUGUGUAGUCGUUCAUGUACAAAACAUUUGUGAAGGGAACAAAAUGAGUGUGUGCUUCAGCCUCCAGUGAUCUGCUCUUCCAUUUCUGUCCUGUAGAAACACACAGGAAGUCUGUGCUUUCACAUAAAGAAUAUUUACACCAACUGUU